GAUCAUAGAAAUGAUCCAACAUGUGCGUGAAUUCCUACAUUCCGAUAUUGAAAUAUAAUUAAAAACAUUCACUUCUCACAUAAUAUGAUCUUGAAGAAUAAACUAUUCAAACAGUUCAAUCUAGAAGUUUUCAAGGAGAGAAUUUCAAUGCUGACGGGGACUCUCGUAAGACACGGCUUCUGGAGCCAUAACUUGCGGAGAGAUGUUGUCUAUAUAAUCCCUCCUCAUAUACCCAAUCUAUCCAUCUUCAUUCAAUCGUUCAAUCCAGACGCUAUAAUGGCAACAGUUUCAGAUCUUGUGCUUCUUCUUGUGGCAGGACUGGCCAUAUCUCUUCAUAUGCAAGAGGCGGGAGCAGUUAAGUUUGAGUUAAGGAACCAGUGCGGGUACACGGUUUGGGCGGCAGGAUUACCCGGAGGAGGGCAGCAGCUCGACCAAGGUCAGACAUGGACGGUGGAUGUGCCGGCGGGGACAAAGGGGGCAAGAUUCUGGGGCCGAACCAGCUGCUCUUUUGAUGCGAGCGGCCGAGGAAGCUGUAAAACCGGUGACUGCAACAUUUUGGAUUUGACCUAUUUUACAUGUUUCAUUUUUCUUCCUUGGUAAAUGUAUUUUUUUGUG